AUGUCGAAGCGAAAGUUCGGAUUCGAAGGGUUCGGCAUAAACCGGCAAUCGACCUACAACUUCGAGCAGUCCCAGCAACCCCCUCAGCGCCUCUACGUCCCUCCCUCCUCCCGCGCCCACGGCCACGACAACUACGAAGACACCGACCUUGACAACAUCGAUUACGACGACGUCGACGCCGCCGCGAAUAAAGGCGGAGACGGCGGUGAGGAAGAAGAAGUCGAUCCGCUCGAUGCGUUCAUGGAGGGGAUUCACGAGGAGGUGAGGUCAGCUCCGCCGCCGAAGCCGAAAGAGAAGGCGGACAAGUACCAGGACGACGACGAGGAGGAUCAUCUGGAGAGCUUCUUGAGGGCGAAGAAGGACGCCACGCUGACGCUGGCCUCCGACGCGCUCCACGCCGGAUAUGAUUCCGACGAGGAGGUCUACGCCGCUGCCAAGGCUGUCGAUGCCGGAUUGGUGGAGUAUGAUUCGGAUGACAAUCCUGUUGUUGUCGAUAGGAAGAGGAUCGAGCCGAUUUCGGCUCUGGAUCAUAGCUGCAUUGACUACGAGCCUUUCACUAAGGAUUUCUAUGAGGAGAAAGAGUCCAUUUCAGCGAUGAGUGAGCAGGAUGUUGCCGAGUACCGAAAGAGCUUGGCCAUCCGAGUGUCUGGCUUUGAUGUACCAAGGCCAGUGAAGACGUUUGACGACUGUGGGUUUUCUCCGCAACUCAUGAAUGCAAUCAAAAAACAAGAGUAUGAAAAGCCUACACCAAUACAGUGCCAAGCUUUACCCAUAGUUCUUUCAGGGAGGGAUAUCAUUGCUAUAGCGAAAACUGGUUCUGGAAAGACUGCUGCUUUUGUGCUUCCCAUGAUUUGCCAUAUUAUGGAUCAGCCGGAACUUCAGAAAGAUGAAGGUCCUAUAGGAGUAAUAUGUGCACCUACUAGAGAACUGGCGCAGCAAAUACACCUAGAGGCCAAGAAAUUUGCUAAAUCACAUGGCAUCCGUGUCUCUGCUGUUUAUGGUGGGAUGUCGAAACUUGAUCAGUUCAAAGAACUAAAGGCAGGAUGUGAGAUAGUUGUAGCUACUCCUGGGAGAUUGAUAGACAUGAUUAAAAUGAAGGCACUGACGAUGCAAAGGGCAACUUACCUAGUGCUUGAUGAGGCUGAUCGGAUGUUUGACCUUGGUUUUGAGCCUCAAAUUAGGUCUAUAGUUGGUCAGAUUAGGCCAGACCGUCAAACGUUACUCUUUUCUGCUACAAUGCCCCGAAAGGUUGAAACGUUGGCUAGGGAAAUUCUCUCUGACCCUGUAAGAGUUACCGUGGGUGAGGUGGGAAUGGCCAAUGAGGACAUUACUCAAGUUGUUCAUGUACUUCCUUCUGAUGCUGAGAAGUUGUCAUGGCUUCUUGAAAGAUUACCGGGUAUGAUUGAUGAUGGGGAUGUAUUAGUAUUUGCUUCUAAAAAGGCUGGAGUGGAUGAGAUCGAAACACAGCUUUCUCAGAAAGGUUUUAAAGCUGCAGCCAUUCAUGGUGAUAAGGACCAGGCUACUAGGGUGGAUAUUAUGAACAAAUUUAAAUCUGGCACCUACCAUGUUCUGAUUGCAACUGAUGUUGCUGCUCGUGGUCUUGAUAUCAAGUCAAUUAAGUCAGUGGUAAACUUUGAUAUUGCAAAAGACAUGGACAUGCAUGUUCAUCGUAUUGGUAGAACAGGUCGUGCAGGUGAUAAAGAUGGGACUGCAUACACUCUUAUCACACAUAAAGAGGCACGGUUUGCUGGAGAAUUGGUUAAUAGCUUAGUUGGGGCUGGUCAGAAUGUUCCAGUGGAGCUCAUGGACCUUGCGAUGAAGGAUGGAAGAUUCAGGUCUAAACGUGAUUCAAGAAAAGGAGGUGGAAAGAAGGGCAAAGGGAGAGGCGGUGGUAGAGGCGGUGGCAGCGGUGGCAACAGUGGUCGAGGUGUGCGUGGGGUGGAUUUUGGUUUGGGUAUUGGAUAUAAUCCGGAAUCCAACAGUUCUCCAUCACCUGCUGUUACCAGUCGAUCUGCCGCAGUUACUUCUUUAAGAACAGGAAUGAUGUCUCAGUUUAAGAAUAAGUUUGUUUCUGCUACAUCAAACUCUCCAAGUCAGGGUUCUGGUAACAGUUUGAGUGCGCAUGCCAACAAGAGGCCUGCAUUACGAGGAUUUGUAGCUGCUGGUUCCAUUGGGGGAGGCAUAUAUGCGCCUCAGACAACCAAUACAGUUUCUCCGCCUCCUGCAUCAGCGGUAAACAUUUCUUCUCAGAACUCGGAAGAAAAUUCGAGCCAGAAGUUGACGGAAAGUUCUAGAGACAAACCUAGAGAAAGGCGGAGGCGCUCUGGUUGGGACUGUUGAUGCUACGGUUGAAGACCCACUCAAACAAAUGAACUAGAAUAUUUAUUUUCCUUGUAGAUUAAGAGUCCUGCUAUAUCUGUAUUGUUGUAUGUCUGGGUAUGGUCUAUGGCUCUGCCUAGUUCCUUAUUGUACAUUUACCUUCCAUUUCAUUUCAUAGAUUUGAUCCUUACAGCAUAUAAAAAUUUUGAUU